GGAAUUUUCACUACUACAGAAGUCCACUGCAGUCAUCUAGACUUUAAGUUUUAAGAUUUGAUGAUGAUACCCACAAAUAUGCUGAUCAAGACAUUGAUCUGUAUAUAUUUCAUGAUGUUCCUUAUGACAAGUCAAAGUCUAGCCUUUGAGAUUUUGUCAACAAAGUCAAAGAAGCAUCAGGACAUAACCCGUGAUGCAAUUUUACAGACAACGGCCGAUAUCUGCAGAUCGCAAGCACUCCAGGAGGGACGAAAUUUUGUUCUGCAAGGUGCACUGACAGUAAAAUCAGUGGCAGGAAGUUGUUACUCAUCUGAUUCAGCCAAAGAUUUUCAAAGGAGCAUUGAUAAGAUAAAUAAACACAAUGCCUGGGUCGACAUUAGGCAUCCUUUUACAGGAAGUUACCAUUUUGACAAUGAGGAGUUUUUGUCUGGACGGGAUCUUAUUACUAAAGGAGUUUCUGCUGUCAAAUACAGUGUCAAGCAGCAGAGCUAUCAAGCUGCCCGAGAUGCACUUGGUAAAAUCCUACACACUUUGCAGGAUUUUUACAGUCAUAGUAAUUGGAUUGAAAUGGGAAACACAGAACCUUAUUCCAACCUGAUUAAACCAGACACCCCAAUUAACAACAUAGCAGAUUCAGAAACCUGCCGGCCUUGUACUGGCAAAGACUGCACAGGAAACAUCCUGGAAGAGAUCAUUGGACAGCAGAAACUAACAUCAGGAUACUUUGGCUUCUUCAAACCAAAAGGAAAAUGCAGUCAUGGAGGAAAGUUUGAUCCAUCAAGUUGGGGGCAAGGUGGCAUAAAUAAGGAUGACUCAAACUCCAUCCACGGUCAUCUACAUGAAGCAGCAGCAUUGGUAGCCACUGCUGCUACUAGAGAGCUACUACAAGACAUCAGAGCAGCAGUUGGAGAUGCUGAGUUUCUUAGACUGAUGGGACUCAGCCAGACUUCAGUGCUGUGUUUUGUUAUCGACACCACUAGCGACAUGUCUGAAGACAUUGAAGAAGUCAGGAGAGUUACUUCAUCCAUCAUUCACAGUAAAACAGCCACUACAGCUCAACGUUCAGAAUACAUCCUGGUACCAUUUAACGACCCUGAUUAUGGCCCAUUUUCAAGAACAAAUGAUCCUAAUGUAUUUAAAAAGCAACUCAAUGUACUUAAAGCUGCUGGUGGAGGAGAUUCUCCUGAAAUGUGUCUCUCAGGACUCCAGCUUGCCCUCACUGGGUCUCCAGUGCAGACUGAGAUUUUUGUUUUCACCGAUGCUGAUGCAAAAGAUAAAAGGUUGAGAAAUACUGUACAGGCCCUUAUUGAAAGAACAAAGUCUGUAGUAACAUUCAUGCUAACUAACACAGUUAGUUCUCAGCAUGAUGGACAAGUUUCCUCUCAGCUUCAUUCACAAGUCUACCAGGACCUGGCCCAGGCCUCUGGGGGCCAUGCUAUUGAGGUCACCAAAGGAGCAUUGUCCCAAGCUACUAAAAUUAUUGAGUUUACCUCCAGAUCUACACUGGUCACUCUAUUCCAGGCUGUAAGAAACCCAGCAAGAGCAGAAAUAUUCUCUGUCUUUGUGGAUUCUUCUGUGCAAAACCUGACAAUUUACAUCACAGGCAACUCUCCAGAUUACACCAUUACUAGUCCAUCAGGAGUCUCACAGAGCAGCAGUGAACUGAAUGGGGCUCUGGGGCUUAUUCAGAGAGUUGGUAACUUUCAAACAGUGCAACCAAAUAUUUCAGACCAAGCUGGAUUGUGGCUUUUCAGUAUUAAAUCAACACAGCCCUAUAGCAUCAAAGUUGCUGGUCAAAGUGAGGUUGAUUUCCUGUUUGACUUUGUAGAACUUUCCCAAGGGCUUCAUUCAAGCUAUGCUGUAUUAAACAGCAGGCCUGCAGCAAACACCAAUAUCACCCUGUUGGUGACCAUGGUUGGUGCGGACAGUGUGAGGCCUACAGAGGUGUCUCUGGUCGAAGCAUCUAGUUCAAACUCUUUUAAUGGGAAAAUAGAAGAGGUAGCAAGUGGGCAGUACUUAGUGACCUUCAACAGCAUCCCAGCAGGAGAGUUUACUGUUCGUGUAGUUGGACAGACCAAUUCUUCUAGAUCUACAAAUAUCAACUUUCAGAGACACUCACCAACUCGAUUCCAAACAUCACAUGUGACCAUUACUACUCAACCUGUUGGAACAGUGGAACCUGGAAAACAAUUCACUCUGCCUUUCACAGUUGCAACCAAGGGCUCUGGAGGAAGCUUUAAUAUCAGCGUCAACAAUGAUCGCAAUUUUAAGACUCUCUUUAACAAAUCCAUAACUCUCGAGAGUGGGGGCAGUGCAAAUGGUACAGUGAUUCUGACUGUUCCUGAAAAUACUUCCUCCGGAACUGAUGUCACUGUGACAAUUGAAGCUGAAGCACCUGAUGGAAGCGACUUCAACUACGCUGUGCAGCGCAUUGCUAUUGUUGCUCCGGUAACAGAUAUUACUCGUCCAGUAUGUGAGGCAGUUACUGUAAAUGCUGACUGCUCAGACAACUGCAGUCUCUCCUCAUGGUACCUCACUGCCAGCAUGACUGAUGGGUCAGGUAUUCAGAGUGUGAGAGUCCUCCAGGGAAACGGCACACUCAGCACCACCACUGUGCUCAGUGACACAGGGAUGAAUGUCACAACGGUAGUCUACAGCUCAUCUUGCUGCUUCCUAGAGUUGGAACUGGUUGCUGUGGAUGCAGUGGGAAAUGUUGCCACCUGCUUCAAAUCUCUGAGAGCUACAGCCGCACCACGCAUCCUCACUUAUGGUGCAGAAUUUUUCUUGAUUUUGCCAGUUUGCCUUUGGCUUAAUAUUGGAGCCUCACUUUACCAAUUCGCGUAGCUCUAAGAAAAAAUAUCUGAAUGUGAAUAAGAUCAGAAUAUUUGGGUGUAUAUAAUACCCAUUCAGUAAUGCUUUUAUAUAUUAAGCAGUAAAUGCUAAGUUUGUGAAAGAAAGAGAUAUCAAAAGUUUUUUGCCUGUUUUGCCAAGUUAUAAUUUUAAGUUUUAUAUGACAAGUGUAAAAUAUAAAAAAGUUCAUUGCUAUUACCAUGUAGUAUACCUACAUGCAGUGUAGGGUUUUAAGGUUUCAGGUUCUAGUUUAGAGUUAAUCUCGUAGGUUCUAGUAUAGAGUUAACGUUUGUAGUUGUAUGAGGGAUAAACAGUCUCUUAUUAAAAUGUAAGUGCAUUUAGUUUUUAAUUAAACAAUUACAUGCUGGCACUAUAAUUGAAAUCAGAUUUACAGAUGAUGACGAUGGUGAUGAUUGGAUGUUACUUAACUCGUAUAAGGUUAUUUGAGCCAUGUUUUGCAUAUUCAUUAACUGUGUUUAAUUUCUCUACAUCUUGAUUUUUCCUGUCUUCUUUUCAUUCGCAUUCUUGUACUUUAUGUUCUUUUGAUUUGCUAUGACAUACAUUAAAUCAGUGGUUCUCAACUGGA